AUGGUUUUUAACAACGGAGACGGAACUUUUUUGACUCCAGGAAGUUAUGUAACUGGUAACAAUCCUGCAUCUGUAAUAUCAGCUGAUAUUAACAAUGACAACAAGAUGGAUUUAAUAGUGGCCAGUCAAAAUAAUAAUAUCGUUAAUGUGUUUAUUGGCUUUGAAAAUGGAAACUUUCAAACUUCAAUGAGCUAUAUGGUUGGUGCCGCACCUUACUCAGUCAUCGCAGCAGAUUUUAACAAUGAUAAUAAACUAGAUCUCGUAACAGCAAAUCUAGACGAUAGCAGCAUCAGUAUACUUCUUGGCAAUGAAAAUGGAGGUUUUCGAACACAAAGCAAAUACACAGUUGGUAAUGGACCACAAUCAGUAAUAUCAGUUGAUGUCAGCAAUGAUAAUAAAUUGGAUCUGGUAACAGCCAACUUUCCUGAUAAUACCAUCAGUGUAUUACAUGGAAAUGGGAAUGGAGGAUUUCGAAAUCAAAUAAAUUAUAUGGUUGGUAAUGGACCACGAUCUGUAACUUCUAUUGAUUUCAACAAUGAUAACAAACAGGAUCUGGCAGUGGUCAACUACUAUGAUAACACUGUUAGUUUGCUACUUAACAAUGGAAAUGGAGCCUUACAAAUUACAAUGAACUACACUGUUGGUAAUGGACCACAAUCUAUUAUAUCAGUUGAUAUCAACAAUGAUAAUAAAUUGGAUCUAGUAGUGGCUAACUAUCUUGACAACACUAUUAGUGUAUUGCUUAGUAGUGGAAAUGGAAAAUUUCAGAUUCAAAGCAAGUAUACAGUUGGUAGUGGAUCAUACAAUAUUAUAUCAGUUGAUUUCAACAAUGAUAGUAAAAUGGAUUUGGCAGUGGUCAAUUCGAUUGAUAACACCGUCAGUAUAUUGCUUAGUAAUGAAAAUAGAACUUUUCAGACACAGACAACAUUUAUGGUUGGUAACGGACCACAAUCUUUGACAUCUGCUGAUUUCAAUAAUGAUAGCAAAAUGGAUCUGGGAGUGGCCAAUGCAAAUGACAAUACCAUCAGUAUACUAUUUAGUAAUGGGAAUGGAGAUUUUCGGACUCCGGACAGUUUUGCAGUUGGUAACAGACCCGUGUCUGUAACAUCCGGAGACUUUAAUAAUGAUAGCAAGUUGGAUCUGGUAGUGGCUAAUUCCAAUGAUAACACCGUUAGUGUAUUACUUAGUAAUGGAAAUAGAACCUUUCAAAAUCAAACGAACUAUAUGGUCGGUAGAAUACCUCAAACUGUGAUAUCAGCUGAUAUCAAUGGUGACAAUAAACUAGAUUUAGCAAUUGCUAACUCUCACGAAAAUACCAUUAGUGUGCUUCUCGGGAAUGGAAAUGGCAGUUUCCGAACUCAAAGCAAGUAUACAGUUGGUAGUGGACCUUAUACUAUCCUAUGUGCUGAUUUUAAUAAUGAUAACAACCUGGAUUUAGUAGCAGCUAACUACGGCUAUAACACUGUGAGUAUCUUACUCGGAAUUGGAAAUGGAAGUUUUCAAACUCAAAGCAAGUAUACGGUUGGUAAUUCACCACAAUCUAUUGCAGCCGCUGAUUUUAAUAAUGAUAGCAAACUAGAUCUAGCAGUUGCCAAUGUGAUUGAUAAUACUAUUAGUAUAUUACUUGGAAAUGGAAAUGGUAGUUUUCAGCAGCAAAACGUGUAUAUGGCUGGUAGCAAUCCAGUCUUUAUUAUAUCAGAUGAUUUUAAUAAUGAUAAUCUGUUGGAUUUGGCAGUAGCCAAUCAAUUAGAAGAUACCGUUAGUGUUUUUCUUGGAAAUGGAAAUGGAACCUUCGAACGUCAAAGGAAAUAUGGAACUGGAAGCGGACCAUCUUGUAUUCUAUCAGGUUAUUUAAAUAAUGAUAGCAACGUAGAUCUAAUUGUGGCUAACGAACAUUCUGGAGACUUGUCUGUUUUCCUGAACAACUGCGACUAG